CAAAAAAUACCACCUUUAUGGAACUAGAUUAAUCGAACCAGUAGUAUGCUUCAAAUGCCAUCUCGAACAAACUUUUUUUAAUUCUUUUAUGAAAAUCGGUGUGCAAAUUAAGAUUUAAAUAAGAAGCCGACGAGAUACGUGUGAAAAAUGGUUAAUAACUCGGGUCUUUCGACUGUUGAUGACUUGGAGAAAAAACUGAACACUGCCAAGCAGUCCCUGGUAAUCCUAAAUGAGAAUAUUCGCCGCAUAUCUGGUCGCGUCAUGUCCAUACGAAGGAUGCCCCCCAUGCCCUGCAGAGAUGCAAAGAAGAACAACGACAACAACGGCGGCGACAACAGGCAGUUCAUGCGGAACGGUCCCGGGAACGGCCCCUUCAACAACAAGCGCCGCAUAUACGACUCCAAGUCGGUGACUCCCCGGUUUCCCAUCGAGGAGAACGAAGGUCGUCCCCCGAGGAUAAACUCCAGAGUCAUUCGGGAACUGCCAUCCAAAAAGGAGGUGGUAGAAGCGCAGGGAACAGAUUCCGAGUCGCGGGCCCGAAAUCGCAGGAUGUUUGGAUCUCUGCUGGGCACAUUGCAGAAGUUCUGCCAGGAGGAAUCGCGUCUGAAAAGCAAGGAGGACAAGAAAGCCGAGAUAGAGAAGAAUGUGGAAAAGCAGGAGCUGCAGGAAAGGGCACUACUCAGGAAGGAGCGCGAAUCGCUCUUCUUAAAUAGGAAACAGAAGCAAUUUGAGAUCCGAAGAUCGGAAUAUAAAAUGGCCCGACUGAAGGACUUCAAGAGCUGGGAAGCAACGAUGAUAUAUUCCAAAAAUAAUAUAAGAACCAUAACUAAACCCCAUCUCUUCUAUCGGCCAAAAGCGCACUCUGCGAUAACGGAGAAAUUGCUAAGUAAAAGCAAAGGUGAUGCCGACAUCUUUAUAGAAUGCCGGCGCGAAGAAUUAGAGGCCGAGCUCAGAAACUUGGAAAACAUCAGCUUUAUGAAAAUGGAAGGCGGCGAUAGCAGCAUGAUGGACACCAGCUUCUAUGAUGAACCCGAUGAUGAUGAUGAGCUAUUGGGAAGUGGGGCCAAUCGAUAA